AUGUCGUCAACCUAUAUCGUGAUGGAUGAAUUGGCUUAUAUCAUAGUCAACGGGCAUCUGGCUAUUCUCAACAUAUUGGCAAACUUGUUUUUUGCUUUUUGUCUCUUCUGUCCACCCCGAGGCAGAGAGGGUCUCAAACAGCCUGUGAAGUUACUCCUGGGAUUCUUGGUUUUCUGCACCACAAUUUUCCUGGUCUUUCUUAUCACGGCGGAAUGCUUGUGGCUACUCUCUGAAAGCAAAGAGUCCCGGUAUGUUGAUGCGUUUGUAUCCUUUGCUGCAUUUACCAGCAUGUCAACCUCUGUUUGGCUGAAUUUCUUCUACUACACCCAGAUCGUCCCAGCCCAGCGAGCUCUCUUCAUCUGGGUGAAGAGGAACAUCAAAAUCAUAAUUUACUGGAGCCUGUUUGUAGACAGAGUUUUAUUUCUGUUUGACUUGGCAUCAGUCAUUUAUUAUGUCACCAUUACCGAAGGAAACGAUAACAUCACUUACACAUCAACAAACGACACUGUUUCUGGCUCUACAGAUGGACUGUUUUACACUGACCUGGUGUGUUUCUAUUCCAAAAUGAUCUACAUGUUUUUUUGUCUGUGUGUGAUGGUGGGGUCGAGCUGGGUCACAGUGUGCUACCUGCAUAGACACAUGAAGAGCAUGAAAGAGAGCGGGAGCCCCUUCUCCUCUCCCCGCCUGCACAGUCAGAUGAGGGUCACCAUCACUGGGAUCCUGCAGGGAAUUCUCUACUUCCUUUGUGCGUUGUGGAUCUUCCUUAAUAUCUUCAGCGACAAUUACCCCUCUUCUAUAAAAUUUGACUAUAAUACUUAUUACACUGUCAUCUCUCUCUACAUGUUUAGCACCACUGUUAACCUUGGUAUCGGUCAGUCUGUUUUCAGACAGAGGGCAGCUGAUAUUUGGCUCAAAGCUCAACAGGCUGCAAGGUCAUUGAAGUUGUGUGGAUGAUACUGUCACUGUGGUACUGUAAUCUCUCUUGGACAUAUACAAAUAAUAUAACUGGUUGUAGCAUCUGUCGACAGACGAGGAACGACUAACAAGGAACUUUGUUCCAGUAUGCAGAUUUUGUGUCACUGAUGAUUUGAACAAAUCAUGAUUUUACAGGUGCUUGAGUCUUUCUAAUUUCUAAAGGGAAAAGGACAUUUGGCUGCAGACUUGCCCGAAACUGGUUGAGAGUUUCGGUUUAUAGAGCUGGAGACUUUGCUAGUCUCGUUAGUACAUUUUCUAACAUGUCUCCCCCAGAAUUUAAUUGAGCAUCUGACGUAAUUACGCAAUAUUUUAGUUCUGGGUGUCUGAGAUGAAUGGUACU